AUGUCCCAGCCUACACCGGCGGCAUCAGAGCCUCCAACACCAACCGCGGAGGCGCUGUCAAACCCUCAGUCCAGUUCUCCCUUCAACAGAAUUCCUCUCGAGGUUCUCAUUCGAAUCUCUGAGCAUUUAACAACUCCAGAACUGGGAAGCCUCCGCCUGACGUGCAGAUCUAUCGAGCAGGCCAUGUUCAAUACCUUUAUGAAGGAGUUCUUUACCCAACGCCAGUUCAUGCUCACCGAGUUCAGCUUGCAGACCCUCAUCGACAUCAGCAAGUCCCGAUUGAGCGACUGUCUCGGCCAUGUUAUCAUCGGCCUCAACACAUUCACACGCCAUUACUUUGCUCCCGGAGAAGAGGCCAGAGAAACUCGCUAUCGCGUAGCCCAAUCCGACCAUUACACUCUUGUCAACAGUGGCCAAGACGUCGCCAUGCUUGCCGAAGCUUUCAGGAACCUCAGAAACCUCAAAACCGUCGGCAUCCGUGACUACCACUCUACCGGACGGAGGUUUCGGGAUGGCUUCAAGUUCACUUGGGCGAGCUACGGCGCCACCACGCUCCAGCGGGAGACAGGGGUAGACCUCCUCCGCAUACCUAUUGAGGAGAUCGUCACCUACACAAACAAGGUCUUCAUCACGCUAUUCACCGCACUUGGCAACGCCGCUGCUAGUCCCAGAGCCUUUGAGCUGCUCCGCCACCAGCAAGGCGUUCCCUCCGACGAUGCAUUCAACCUCUUCACCAAGUACCUCAAGCCCAAGGUCGUGCCCGUUCUCGAGGGCCUCGAGACCUUCAUGUGCGUUGUAAACGUAGCAAGUGGCCCCUUCCGAACCACAUCACUCACAGACAACACGAGCACUGGCAGCCGACGUCGGCACGACUAUCUUCUGCGCCUCUUCUUGGGUUAUAUGCCAAACCUGAAGCAUCUGAGGUUGAACUUUAGUCAUCCGGGCCACAAUUCGGAUGCCGUUGACGAAUUCAUCGAUUGGCUUGGCACACCUGUCCCCAAGGCUCUUCCUGUACCCUUCGACACCCAGCUCCCACCGCCUCCGGCUCCAGUGGCGUUUCCUCAUCUUGAAGAGAUCAACCUGGGCUUCGUGGAUGUUGAGCCGAAGCGGCUUCUCCAGGUUGUGCGAAAGUUUGCACCGACACUCAGGAAUUUAGAGCUAUGGAAGGUGACGCUUCGGACCCGCGUAGGAGCUGAAGUAUGGGAUCGCGACGAGCGACGCGACCUCCCCAGGAUCAACUUGUGGGCCAAAUUUCUUCAGAGCUUGCGCGACGUUCCCGACCUCGAUCUGAACCACAUCAUGGUCGGCUGUCCUGCUCAGCGCAUGUCUAUGACGAGCACGAGAGUCUGGGUGCAAGCCACAGACGGGGUACCUGACAAGGCGGUGGACAGACGAGAGUACACAGGCAUUGAUUGGAAACAUUUUGUAGGGGACUUGGCCACGCAAGUCAUGGUGGAUAUCCCGCCCGAGUUCUACAACUCCGAAGAAGACUCCGAAGAAGACUCCGAAGACUCCGAAGAAGAUAUGGACGACAUGGACGACGACAUGUUGGAUGCGAUCCAAGACGUCAUGUCAGAGACUGAGGAGUAG